CAGGCACCGGAGACGAUGGGAGGAAGUCUGUCACGUGACACCGGAGCACACGUGACUCAGCGUACACAUGACUUCCCGUCGCCAGGCACCUCCUGGAGAGCAAGGACGUGGGAGAGCAGAGGUGAGGGAACUCCGAGGCUGGAAGGGAUCCCGGAGCCCCCUGCCGCGCGUGGGGCAAGCGGAGGAGGUUCGGCCGUGAGAGCUGGGGCCGGGCCGAGGCUUUCCUCGCCGAUGGUUCGAGCUAAGCAGUGGUCGCCGUUCCUGCUGCAGCUGCUGCUGUUCUGGGCACCUCAAGGCGAGGCAGCCCCCAGCCAGGACGAAAUCCAGUGCCUGCCUGGGCUGGCCAAGCAGCCGUCUUUCCGCCAGUACUCCGGCUACCUCAGAGGCUCUGGCUCCAAGCAUCUCCAUUACUGGUUUGUGGAGUCCCAGAAGGACCCUAAGAGCAGCCCUGUGGUGCUUUGGCUCAACGGAGGGCCGGGCUGCAGCUCCUUAGAUGGCUUCCUCACAGAGCAUGGCCCCUUCCUGGUCCAGCCAGAUGGUGUUACCCUGGAGUACAACCCCUAUUCUUGGAACCUGAUUGCCAACGUGUUGUACCUCGAGUCCCCAGCUGGGGUGGGCUUCUCCUACUCCAAUGACAAGUCUUAUGCGACCAAUGACACAGAGGUUGCCCAGAGUAAUUUCGAGGCCCUUCAAGAUUUCUUCCGCCUGUUUCCGGAGUACAAGGACAACGAGCUUUUCCUGACAGGAGAGAGCUAUGCCGGCAUCUACAUCCCCACCCUAGCUGUGUUGGUCAUGCAGGACCCUAGCAUGAACCUUCAGGGACUGGCUGUGGGCAAUGGACUCUCUUCCUAUGAGCAGAAUGACAACUCCCUCGUCUAUUUCGCCUACUAUCAUGGCCUUCUGGGGAACAGGCUCUGGUCUUCCCUCCAGACCCACUGCUGCUCUCAAAACACGUGUAACUUCUACGACAACAAAGACCCAGAAUGCGUGACCAGUCUCCAAGAAGUGUCCCGCAUCGUGGGCAACUCUGGCCUCAACAUUUACAACCUCUACGCCCCAUGUGCUGGGGGCGUGCCUGGGCAUUUAAGAUUUGAAAAGGAUACUGUCGUGGUCCAGGAUUUGGGUAACCUUUUCACUCGCCUGCCAAUCAAGCGAAUGUGGCAUCAGGCACUGCUGCGUUCUGGGGCUAGAGUGCACAUGGACCCCCCCUGUACCAACACCACAGCUCCCUCCACCUAUCUCAACAACCCUUUCGUGCGGAAGGCCCUCCACAUCCCCGAGCAGCUGCCCCACUGGGACCUGUGCAACUUCUUGGUGAAUAUACAGUACCGCCGUCUCUACCAGAGCAUGAACUCCCAGUACCUUAAGUUGCUUGCCACACAGAAAUACCGGAUCCUUCUCUACAAUGGAGAUGUGGACAUGGCCUGCAAUUUCUUGGGGGAUGAAUGGUUUGUGGAUUCCCUCAACCAGAAGAUGGAGGUACAGCGCCGGCCCUGGUUAGUGGAUUACGGGGACAGUGGGGAGCAGAUCGCUGGCUUCGUGAAGGAGUUCUCCCACAUCGCCUUUCUCACCAUCAAGGGCGCUGGACACAUGGUCCCCACCGACAAGCCCCAGGCUGCCCUCACCAUGUUCUCCCGCUUCCUGAAUAAACAGCCAUACUGAUGACCAUGGGGGCCAGCCCCCACUGCCGAACCCAGCCCCUGCCAGCCUCACCUGCUAGAAGGGAGGUCCUCCUUGAUGCAAAAUGCCCCUGCGGGGCAGGUCCCUGCCUCCAGAACUGCUUCCCACCCUCGCCCCCCUCCAACUGGCCCCUAUGCCUCACAUAGACAGCCUGGGGAGGUGGGGAGUUAGCACUUUAUUCCUGACUGGCUCCCACCCUGCUUAACGAAUGACUUUAAUGCACUGAUGACAUCCCAGGAACACACUAGAGCUCAGGACAGCCCACUGGGAGGUCAGAUGGACUGUAAUUGACUGUGAUUAUGGAAUUAAAUUGGGUACAGCUUAAAA